AUGGCGGCGGCCUGCGCCGAGAUGGAGUCGGCGGCGGCGCCUCCUCCGUCUCCUCCUCCUCCCGCCGCCGCGGCGGGCUCGGCCGAGCUGGUGUGCGCGCAGGGCCGGAACCUGAAGGCAGUGCUGUGCCAGCGCUGCGGGUCCCGGGUGCUGCUGCCCGGCGCCGCCACCUUCGCCCGCCGUGAGCUCCUCCUGCCCGCCAUGAGGAAGAAGGCGGCGGCGGCAGCGGGCGGCGGCGGCGGGGACGUGGUGCGGGAGCACUGGCUGGUGCGCGACAUGUUCUCCUUCGAGAACGUCGGCUUCACCCGCGACGUGGGCAACGUCAAGUUCCUGGUGUGCGCCGACUGCGAGGCGGGGCCCAUCGGCUGGCACUGCCUCGACGACAAGGACAGCUUCUACGUGGCGCUGGAGCGCGUGGCCCACGAGUGACACCGGCGCUGCCGCCCGGGCUGGGGCUGGGGGCGAUGGUCCUGGGCACCUGCUUGGGGAGCUGGGCUUGGCCACCGGGAACCCCGCCUGCCCUGCAGCCUGGCUGCCCUGCUGCCUGACAGCGACAGACUGAGCCAAGGCCCAGCGGACCGACCGCGGCUUGGCCACCCCGCAGCCUUGCCGGUUGGCAGCCCACGGCCCGGCUGCCCCGUACCUGACUGACCACAGCCUGCCUACGCCACGGCUUGACUGACCUACAGCCCAGCUGGUCACCCCACAGCCCAGAUCCACGGACUGACCAGCGCAAAGAAGCGCAGCACCGGCACAGCCAGCUCCUCACCUGAGCCCACAUGGGAGGGACGUCAUCGAUGGGAGGGUCCCCUGUGACCUGCAGGGACAGCUCACCGCGAGAAUUUUGCCAAAUAGCGUGAUCCGCCAGUGUCUGGCUGCUCUCUGUCACUUCUUCCUUGUGUGGCUGCUGUUUUUCAAACAUGCUAAGAUGUCUUUCAGGCCGAUCGGUUUGUGACACAGCCAUGUAAAUGUGGGUGCUGGCACAAGGGCAAGGGGAGGACAGGACUGCUGCAUUGAAUCAUUGUGGCAGCUUAAAUUGUCUGAACUACAGCCAAAGCGGUUAUAGGGUUUAAGGCCAUAUCUUCUGUUGAUUUUCAGAAGACAUGUUCCCUGCCCCAAACCCUAACAUUUAGGUUCUCUAAAACCUCAUCCUACCUGACAACUGUACCCUGUAAGAGUAUAUGGCACCUAAAGUGUGUGUAAGGCAUUUUAGCUAACAUUGUAUGCAGUUUUAUUAACUGAGUACUUGGAAAUAAAAUAAGAUACAGGUAGAGUUUGCAGACAGCAUGGGCUGAUAGAGAGGCAAAUAAAGAAAAUGUGCAAGAUCAUAGUAUUUCCAGGCAGCAAGAAUGAAGAGAUUCCAACCUGAAAAGUAUCUGAACCAUUGGACAAGCAGUGUCCAGUGACUGCAUGUCUCAGUGCUGAAGAAUGUUAAAACAGCCGCGUGUGUAUGAAACAGAAAAGUCGGGAAGGAAUUUCUCUUCUGUAAAAGCAGCUGGUAGGAGCAAUGCUGGGAUAUCGUGUCCAGUUUUGGUCUCUGCCUUUUAAAAGAUGGGCGCAAAGCUGAUUGAAGGAGGCUGCAGCAGCCAUGGUUCUCACUGUAUUUAUCUUUUGGUAAUUGUGGUCCAGUUUGCAUUCUCCAUUUGCAAACCCCUGUAUGAAUAAUACAGCAGCUUUGCAGUGAUCGUCUUGGGUCACAGAGGACAUGCCUUACUGCAGGAGGUGUAUCAGUAUACUACGCUAAUAAACACUUCUGGUACCAGU